CGGUCGGAAGUAAACAACAGAUUCACGUGGUUUUUCGUGUGCGCAAAAGAAGGGUUUUUCAUUGCUAAUAUUCACAAUAUUGGCAGAAAUUAUGGAUGUGGCGGUGGAAGAUAAUGUGGUGGAGAAGAAGGAGUCAAAAUUUGAUGAGGACUUUGUGAAAUUAGCCAGUGACAGUGAGAAAAAUGAUUCGGACGCUGAGGAUGAGGAAUUUCCUGAGAUAUCCUGGUUCAGAUUCACCGAUGUCGUCAAGGAUGACGUUGAUAGAGCUUUAGAGGCGGAAGGAGCAAAGGCAGAAGAUGAGCCAGAAGACGAACAGGCAUUCCUGAUGGAGUCUCUCUUCGGGAACAAGGAGAAAUUGCUGGAGAACCUCAAAGAACAGUCCGGAGAGAGUGAAUCCCAGAGAGAAUCUACGAAAAGGAAGCAUGCCUGGGAGGAUUCUGACGAUGAGGAGGUCACAAUUAAGCAGGGUCUCGAGAAGACGCACAAAAAGUCCCUCUUGCUGGAUCCUGGCGCGGAGUAUAAGAAAUACCUCAGCAAGAAGUAUCAGAAGAUCGUGGGAGAGCCCAAAUGGGCGGACAUGGACAGAGUUGAGAGUGACUCGGAUGACGAUGAGCUCCUCAAGACGGCCGGUCAUGUGCUGAAGGGGAAAAGAGGCGCACUUGGCGAGAACACGAUAGGAUUCAAGAGACUCGAAGAUCUCAACAAAUCCACUUACUGCGAAGGUCUCGUGACGUCUGUGGAGUUCCAUCCCACGUCCAGUGUCGCUCUGGUGACCGGGCUCAGGGGCAUAGCUUCGAUUUACUCCAUCGAGAAGACAAAGUGCGACAAACUGCACAGCAUUCAGUUCAAGAAGUUCCCACUGAGAUGCGCCCGAUUGUCGUUGGAUGGAAGUGAGGCGAUUCUGGGCAGCAAAACGUCCUGCUUCUUCACCUACAACCUCAUCACGGGACAGCAGCAGAAGCACUUUCUGCCCAAAGGCAUGACAAAGAUGAGAAAUUUCGAGAUAUCUCCAAAUGGCGAAUUCCUCGCCGUUGCCGGACGCUUUGGUGAGAUUCACUUGCUCACUGUGACAACCAAGGAGUGGAUUUGCACGCUGAAGCAGGAGCACGACGUGGCUGCCAUGGCAUUCUCUCCAGAUUCCCGGAAGCUCUUUGUGCACAGCAGAGAUUCCGAAGUGUCUGUCUUCGAUCUGACUGCCCAGAAGAUGAUGCAUCGCUUCAUGGACGACGGCUGUGUGUCUGGAUCGUCAAUAGCCACGAGUCCCAGUGGGAAAUUCCUCGCCACGGGCAGUGGCCAGGGAAUCGUGAACGUCUAUGAUGCGGAAAAUGUGCUGCUGAGCAAAAUGCCAACGCCGACGAAGAUCUUCAAAAACCUGGUGACUUCCAUCUCGUCAACCACCUUCAAUCCCUCAUCGGAACUCCUGGCGAUGUGCUCGAGUGAAGCCAAUGAUGCGCUGAAGCUGGCUCAAUUCCCGAGCGCCAAAGUCUUCUCCAACUUUCCGGGCAACAAUCUGACCAAGGCGAAGCCCAAUGUUUUGAGAUUCUCCCCUGGAGGGAGAUAUCUGGCAGUGGGAAAUCUCAAUGGCAGAGUGUCUCUUUAUCUGUUGAAGCAUUAUGAAGAGUUUUAGCUGUUUUAGCUCUUAAUUUU